AUGCAAGACCCUAUACGAAUAUAUAAAUGCAUAUAUAUAUUGUUCAAACGUAUCAUAUCAAAGAUGAACUGUCAACUAACCAACUAUUUUUAAUUCUUUAAACCAGCAAGACUACCCAUCCAUGGAUGAGCUCCACGACAAUUUGCGUGCUGCUUUCGCAGACAAUUUCGAAAUCAAAGCAGACUCAGCAAGUGGUUGGUUGUACAGAGACUUUAAGAAAAAGUACGCGGGAAUGGCCAAGGGUCAAGGACUACUACGUGUGUCUCCCAAAACUACAAAGUGCAACUGGGCAUCCAAGUUUCUGGCAUAUUCUUCAGCACUGAAGACACGGGUUCAAGACACAGCAGAGACGCAACUGGCACAAUACCAACAUGCCCCAGCCGCGUCUGCCAAGCUCUUUCCAGACUCUGUCUUGAAUCAUGAGAAUUUGAUGGCAGAGCAUUUAAGACUCCACGACAAUCAGCCCCUUACCGAAGAGAUGCAACAUAACGGCUUUUGGCUCGCGGCAGGAAAUAGAAAAGAGCGUGCAAGAGCGACGCGGGCUUUGUUGGAACGCCAACAGCUUCCAUCACUCCUACAAAUCGCCAACACGCGGCGCACAGCGAUCAGGGAUGCAUCUUCUAUCCCUUAUCUAUCUGGGUAUUGGAGUGAUCCAUCAGACUGCGGGUGGUUUCCCCUGGCCGACGACAUUAUCCAAAUUACCAUAUUUGUGAUUAUUCUGAGCGCAUUCAAAGACGAACUUAUCAUCGAUGAAUCCUAUGUGGAAUUGGAAGAAUAUGGUGCCUAUCAUGACGAUGAAACAUCCAUGCAACGCUUCAUGGCUCUCAAUUAUAAUGCGAUUCGCACCGCUAAAGGCCGCACUGUUCUUCUAGCCCGGUGUGUCAUGACUAUGGUACAUCUCACGGCGACCAACUCCGCCUGCGGUCUUCCGCCAAUUGACUGGCAGACUAAGAUCAAUGACACAAUCUUGAUGUUCAUUAAAUUUGGAUCUUGGGAUCAAAUAGAGGAUGAACGUUAUGGACAGAAGUUCUUUGCCAAGAUGUCUCUCGAGCCUCUCUAUGUAACAUGGCCGAUCCCUGCUGAGGCUGAACGAAGCGAAAUGAACAAUCAACGCUGUACCCAGCUUCUAAACAGGUUUGCGAAUGCUAAACCCCGAGACCCUCUAUAUUUGAGACCGCGAAAGGAUCAAAAAUUACGCAACCAUGACGACAACUAUUCGGAGACAGAAGACCUCGCAAUCCUAGAGAGGGAAGAGGCUGCAUAUGGGUCGAAACGCAGUUUAAAGUACCAGGCACGACAUCUCAAGACGUAGCGACAAACACGAAACAUCCCUGUAAUAAUAUAAUAGUUACAUAUUUGUAUAAACACAAUAAACCUCUCUAUUAAAUUGUCAAAGUAGACCUAACGCCGAGCAUUCUGUUAGAGAAGUGCAG